AUGGGAAAUUGUGUGGAGACAUGCACACAAAAGCAGGAGCAAGAACAUAUUGAAAUGCAGCAGCAGCAGCAUGAGCAAGAAGACUAUGAGAGAGAAAAUGAAGGUAGAUUUGUGAAAGAAAACAUUUUGGGUAAAGAUGGAAACAUAAGAGUUAAGAUCGUGUUGACCAAAGAAGAGCUGGGGUGGUUGAUGCUUCAGCUGAAAGAAAGUGGAGGGAAGAACUUGGAAGAUGUUUUGCAGGAGAUCCAGAAAAGUAGAGCCAAAGCUAUUGAGGGGUGGAAGCCUUCUUUGGAGAGCAUCGUGGAGUGCCCUGAAGUAAUUGAGAUGGAUAGAUGA